AUGUCGACCCGGGAGAAUGUGGAUCUGAAGGUCGUUGACAAAUGGGGCGACGUUAUUCUUGAGGUUGGAGCUCUUUUGUGGGAUGGUUUGUCGGCUGGAGCAGACGAGGGCCAUACUUCCGAAGUCGUCUCUGAGUUGCAACCAGACGGCGGUCGAUCCCAGCAGCGACAAACGCAACAAGCUGGGACGCUUGGCCCCGAUGACAACGCUGCUACCAAAAACGGCCCCCUCCGUAUCGUGGCGUCGUCUAAGGUGUUGACGAUAGGCUCACCAGUUUUCAAGACAAUGCUGCAUGGAAGCUUUGCGGAAGGGCAGCUUUGCUUCAACCAGGGGAAUCCGCCAACGGUGUCACUGCCAGAAGACAAUCCCCAAGCAACACUGCUCUUCUGUGAGAUUGUACACUACAGUCGAGGCGUCCACCAAUUCAAGGGCUACAAGGCUCUUCAUGGACUCGGUGUUUUCGCAGACAAGUAUGACUGUACCCGUGCUCUUCGGUCCUGGUUUCACGGCCAGCUGUGCGGAUUUGUCGGGCCUGGCCGUGACUGUCUCGAUACGGACGCUCUUCUGAAAGAGGGGAUAAGUUCACAACAAAUGCUCAAGUUGUGCUAUCUCAUGAAUGACGCCGAGAUGUUCGGGCUCGCGACCAAGACGUUUUACACCCAUAUCCGCCCAUCCGCGAUCCGUGCCAAGCUCUACACCGUGUAUCAGGACGACGUGCCUGCGCGUCUGAUUGAACUCCUAUACUCGUCUGGGCACAAGUAUAUCCACGAACUUGCCGGCAUCGGCCCGGCAUUGAUUGCACAUGUAUCCAGGGAGCCCAAAUGGUACGGUUAUUUCACCCCGAUCCCCAAAGAGAAAGCACCAGAAACAGAUGACUGCGACCACGCUGAAGACACCGGACUGUGCUAUGGGAACACCAUCAGAAUCGGAGUCUUGGGCGCGACACUCUCGAGUCUGUCGCUCUUGCCUUCGAAUGAUCCAGAAGUCAAUUCCAGACGCUCGCCAGCUGCCAUGCUGCGCAAUCUCCAAAGUCUGGGCGAGAUUGACUUCCGCGACAAGAAGCUGUGCUGUCCCAAGAGUGCUCGCUGCGGCUGCAACCAUGACUUCAGCAUCAAGACGGAACUCGACAAGAAGAUCAAUGCAGCAAGGCAGAAGCCGCGUGGCAUUUGCCUUGGGUGUGUGAAGGACGAGACGGGACCGUCCGAUAUUCUUCACGACCACGGUUCACGCUGUGAGAGGCAUGCGUCAUGGGAUGAGUAAAGCCAUAUAUGAUACAGUCCGCGGGCUGGGACGUUGAGUUUGUCUGAUUUACGAGUCGGAAAGCAGUGUCUCUUGAGUAUGGGAAAGCGGAAGCUGAUACCUCUGGUAUGUCUUUGCUCG